AUGUUCAAAAGAGUCAAAGAAGCCGUAAAACUAGUCUUAUCGGAAGUACAGUGGAUGUCUCUACCAUCAGAUAUUUGGAGUUGCAGCGGAACACACUACAGUUUCAUUAGUUUGACUGUGCAUUGGUUGGACGAUCAUUUCGAAAGACGUAGUGCUGCAUUAAACGUAGAUGUAUUUCCCGGUAGUCAUACAGGAAACGCAAUAGCAGAUAAAUUGAUAGAUCUAAUGGCAUCUUGGGGCCUUGACAAAAUUCAGGUACAUUUGUUAAUGCGAGACAACGGCGGGAAUAUGGCUAAAGGAUGCAGAGUGAGCGACAUAGGCAGUGAAGGGUGUAAUAUUCAUACGCUUCAAUUGGUCAUCAAGAAUACAAGGUGGAAUUCCACAUUCUACUUAAUGUUGCGCUUCUUGGAGCUGGAAAUUUGUCUAGAUUUAUUUUCUGAGGCUGAAGACAAUGAUUCAAAAAGUUUGACGUGCGCAGAAUGGGAGAUACUGGAAGAAUUGGCAAAUCUCUUGCAGCCAUUUGAAGAGGUCACAAAGUCGUUGAGUUAUAAUGAAUCAUGUAUGUCUGAAGUGAUUCCAACUAUAAAAACGUUACAUUUUUGUUUGUCGAAGCAGAAUAUAAGUUCGCCGUUGUCCUCCUUUAAAGCAGAUUUUGAAUCUAAUUUGAGAAAGCGAUUUGAAGACUUAGAAAGCAACAUCAACUUUACAAUGUCAACAUUCUUGGAUCCACGUUUCAAAACUGUCUUUUUUCCACAAACUGCUACGUCAAAAUUAAGGAAUACAUGGAAAUGA